GUGCAUCUAGAACUCUCACGAGACCCUCUCCGGCGAAGUGGAGGAGUUACCUAAGCCGAGUCUAAACUGCCCCAGACUCCGAACAUCGCUACAUAUAUCUGACUCGUCACUACUUAUAUUCUUGGCCAUCAUUGGUUACACAGUCUUCCCCAGCACAGCCAAGUUCAAUCCGGGUAACGUAGAAGUAGUUGAGACGAGCAGCCAAUAUGUCGCCUCCACAACCGUUCGGCGUGGAACAAUGGAUGGACAAGUACGAAACGAAAUGCAAGUACAACAUUGCCGAAACGUGUUGUCACAGCCUCUCAAUCAACGAGCUCGUCGAGCUCUCGGAGAACAAGGACCUCAAGCCUAGCGAUCUGAUCGACCUCUCUGAUCCCCAAACCUAUGGCGAAAUCCGCGGCAGCGCCGCUCUCCGCGAGAACCUCUCUCGACUCUACUCCGGCAAAGUAGGCACACCUCUGAGCCCCGACGGAGUCCUCAUAACCCCAGGCGCCAUCGCCGCCAACCAUCUCAUCCUCUACUCCCUCCUCAGCCCAGACGACCACGUAAUCUGCCACUACCCAACCUACCAACAACUAUACACCGUCCCCGAAUCCCUCGGCUGCACCGUCUCCCUCUGGAAAUCCGACCCAGCCAACAAAUGGCUCCCUUCAAUCGAAGACCUCCAAUCCCUCGUAGAAUCCAACCCCGCCACAAAACUGAUCAUCAUCAACAAUCCUCAAAACCCCACCGGCCAAAUUCUCCCUAAAUCCCUCCUCCACAAACUCGUCGAUUUCGCAGAAUCGAAAAAUAUCACCAUCAUGGCUGAUGAAGUCUACCGACCCAUCUUCCACGGCAUCGCACCAAUGGACACCGAAUUCCCUCCUUCUCUCCUCUCCCUUGGGUACAAGAACACAGUCGUCACCGGCUCAUUAUCCAAAGCCUACUCCCUCGCCGGCCUCCGCGUCGGCUGGAUCGCAAGUCGGAAUCAAGAGCUCAUUGAGAAAUGUGCAAGUACACGAGACUACACAACCAUCAGCGUAUCAAAACUCGAUCAAAAAGUUGCGGCAUUUGCGCUGAGUCCGGAUACAAUUCAUGCGUUACUAGGGAGAAAUAUCCAACUUGCGAAGGCGAAUGUGGAAAUCUUGGAGAAGUGGAUCAUUAAGCAUGAUGAAUAUGCGAGUUGGACGAAACCUGUUGCGGGGACGACGGCGUUUGUGAAGUUUGAGAGGGAUGGGAAGAGGAUUGAUACGAAGGCUUUUUGCGAGGAUGUGCAAGAGAAGACGGGUGUGAUGCUUUUGCCUGGGGAUCUGUUUGGGGAGGAAUUUAAGGGGUAUGUGAGGUUUGGGUAUGUGUGUGCCACGCAGGUGUUGAAAGAUGGGUUGGAUGCGUUGAGGGUAUACAUGAGGAAGGAGUUUGACGAUGUGCCGUUGUUGGAGUAGAGUUGAUUUCUGGUCGUAUCUGAAGCUAUUGAGCGGAGACGGAGAUGCUCUGCAGCUUUCAGGAUUCUAUGCUGCAUACGGCAGCGCGAAUGAAGUUCAUGUCAAUCUGUAUCUCGCGCCGCACUCACGUCCCGCUCUGCAGGCUGUUGCUGUUGCGGUCCUGUAUCCAUCGUUCCACCUUCUUCAUCAACCGGAGCUCAAGAGAGCGAACCUAGGAAGGGGCGUAUUGUUAGCAGGAGCGGUACUCAUAGAUCCACGAAUACCCAC